UUCUCCCACUCGCCAUCUGGUCAGGACGCACCGACACACGCACCAUCUCCGCAGAGCACGCACACCGGAGCUGCACAAUGGAUGUCAUCGGGGCUCCAUCCCGCAGGAGAAUGCUCGAGAGCCGGAGCAUCCGCUCAUCCCCACCGGCCAGCCUAAGAUCACAUUCCUGGUCUCAGAGAAAUCCGGGGUCCAUGUCCAUCUCCUACAAAAGAACUACCAAGGUGCCAGCCAGCAGGGCGUACACGACCGCGUCCGCCGCAGUCUUCGCCUCGCCAGACAGCCUGGAGCUCUCAUCCGCACUCAACGGCGACCACACACGCAACAACGAGAAGGAACAACUUCAAGGGCUGAAUGACCGAUUCGCCAGUUAUAUCGAUAAAGUCCGGUACUUGGAAGAACAGAAUAACCUACUGGAGACUGAAAUCCAAGACCUCCGGCAGAAAAAGUUCACACAGUCCCAACUUAGUGAUGUUUUCGGCCAAGAGCUCAGCGAACUCCGCUCCACGCUAGAGCAGUUGCAUAAAGAGAAAGCGCAGAUCAUUAUUGAUGCCGAUAACGUCGAAGACGACAUCCAUCGUCUCAAAAACCGCUACGAAGAUGAAGCCCGCUUUAGAGAAAAAAUCGAGAUGUCAAUCCGAGAUAUGAAGAAGGAAAAAGACGACUCGGAUCUGAUGAAAUUGGAUCUGGAGAAAAAAGUUCAGUCCCUCCUGGAUGAGGCAGAUUUCCUGCGCCGUAACCACGAAGAAGAGGUCAGCGAGCUCCUCGCACAGCUCCAGGAGGCUCAGGUGCCAGUAGACAUGCGGGAAUACAGUAAAACGGACAUCACCUCUGCGCUCCGAGAGAUACGCGCACAGCUGGACGGUCUCUCCUCCCAAAACUUGAUGCAGGCGGAAGAGGUGUUCCAGUGCCGCUACGCCAAACUCACAGACGCCGCGGACCAGAACAAGGACGCGAUCAAAACCAUCCGCGAUGAGAUCUCAGAUUACCGCCGGCAGCUGCAGGUGAAGAACGUGGAACUGGAGGCUCUCCGUGGCACCAAGGAGUCCCUGGAGAGACAGCUGAAUGACAUCGAAGACCGGCAUAACAACGACUUGCGCAGCUACCAGGAGAUGAUCCAUCAGCUGGAGCGUGAGCUGAAGGGCAUGAAGGGCGAGAUGGGUCGCCACCUCAGGGAAUACCAGGACCUGCUCAACGUCAAGAUGGCCCUAGACGCUGAGAUCGCAGCCUACAGGAAACUCCUGGAGGGGGAGGAGACUCGCUUCAGGACAUUCGCUGACUCCUUCCCAAGCCCCGCCUUCCCAUACCGUCAGCCAAUGACCUCUUCCAAAGGGAAGAAAGAAGACAAGGAGGCUGAUUUGAAUGAUGACCUGGCUGCUGUAGCAGAGGAACUUCAGGCCGAGAAGGACGAGGAGGAUGUGGAGGAAGAGGUGACUGUCUCCAAGCAAUCAAAAGUGAGCGCUACUCCCCCUGCAGGAGAGGAGGAGGAGGAAGAGGAGGGUGGUGAGGAAGAAGGAGAGGGGGAUAAAGAGGAGGGUGAAGAAGAGGGAGAUGAAGAGGAGGAGGGUGGAGAAGAGGGAGAAGAUGAUGGUGAGGGAGAAGAGGAAGAGUCUGAGAUUGAGGAAACCGAACUGAGCAGUACCAAAGCCCAAAAGGCUGGUGCUGAACAAGAGGAGGAGGAAGAUGAGAAGGGAGGAGAAGAAGAGGAGAAAGAGACAGAAGAGGAAGGAGGAGAGGAGGAAGAUAAAGCAGAUGCUGAGGGACAGGAAGAAGAGGACACCAGCAAAGGAUCUAAAGGCGAGGAGGAGGAGGAUAAAGAGGAGUCAGGAGAGAAAGACAAAAAGAGUGACUCAGAGGGAGAGGAAGGAGAACAGGCAGGUGAUGAGGAAGAGGUGAAGGAGGCAGCAGCCUCUGAGAAGGAGGAGGAGGAGCAGAAGAGUCCUCCCAAGUCUCCUGGCAGCCCUAAAGAGGAGCAGAAGAGUCCUCCCAAGUCUCCUGGUAGCCCCAAAGAGGAGGAACAGAAGAGUCCCCCCAAGACUCCUGGCAGCCCUAAAGAGGAGGAUGAGGAGGAGAAGGAGCAGAAGAGUUCCCCCAAGACUCCUGGUAGCCCCAAAGAAGAGGAACAGAAGAGUCCCCCCAAGACUCCUGGUAGCCCCAAAGAAGAGGAACAGAAGAGUCCCCCCAAGACUCCUGGCAGCCCUAAAGAGGAGGUCCUCACCCGUACCGUAGAAACCAUCACCAAUGGAGAGAAGGUGGCGCCCAAGCCUGCCAAGAAGAGCAAGCCAGCAGAGGAGGCCAAAGACGCCAAGCCUGCCGCGAAGAAAGCAGGAAAGACAUCCGCCCCAGCCGCUAAAGAAGUGAAGGAGAAGUAAACUCAGAGCAGGGCAAGAGUAAACAAAAGAGUCAGAACCACUAAGACAAGCUACACAGCAAGAGACUAUAACUGCAUGAAAUGCUGAGGAUGGUGAGGGAGAUUUGGGCAGUGUCAGGGACAGUUGUAUGAGAGAGCGCUAAUAUGCAUGAACACAAUAAGACUUCAGAGCUUCCUGGGGAGAGUAGAGAGUGUGCUGAGAGGGGGGAGAGUCCAGGAAGCCAGGCUGUUCUGGAAGGUUCAAAUGAAGUCAGAGGCAGAGUUAAAUCUAGAAAUAAAUCUGAAAGACGCAAACUGCCCGUCGUGUCCCAAAGGUGCUACUCCAUCAAACAUGUCGGUGACUUCUGGUCCGCCCGGACCCCAUUGACCUGCCGGCUGUGCUAUGCUGCAGAUGCUUCCUGCCUUAAACGCGCCGCAAGCCCGGUGCACUCAGCUAUGAAACAUACAAACACAAACACUGCUGUUUACAACUCCAGAGCAAUACUGAAAAAACUUUGCCUCAAUAAAGCAAUACAGACCUU